CCGCAGGAUGCCCAUCGUUGACCCGCAAAAGUCUGUUCCGCCAGGAAGAGCACAGCAAUUUGCAGCAGCUCGUUCUGCCCGGUCUCAAGCAGUGCAUCAUUUAUUUAGCUUUCCACACAAAAGGGCUCGAAAUCGAAUCAACAUUCAGUACUAGCGCUAGCUCGGUUGUUGAGGAAAAACCCAUAAAAGCACAACAAAAUCGUAAUCACUUUGCACCAUCGGUGGAACUUACGACUACACAUGAAAUUGAGAGGGCAGCAGAGCACAUCGAAAUUCGUACGUCUGUCGUGAGAGAUGCAAUUUGGAUUCUGUGUCUAAGUAGAAGUUAAUCAAUUCGAGCAAGAACAAGAAGUUGUAGAUGUAGUGUGCGAGGUAGCAGCUAGGUGGGUUCUCGUGAGAAAUCAUUGGGUUCUCGUGUGGCAGCCUGGUGUUCGAUGAUCCAGGCGGAAUCAGUAGCGAGGACCAACUCGAAUUCGUGUAUUUGGUAUUUCGCGAGAGACAACAGCAAAGGCAUCGUGUUGUAAGUAUACUUACGUACGAGUUUGCCCAGCAUUGCUGCCCAUAAUCUUCUCUCAUGAAAAAACAUACUAUCACAACGACUUUCUAGUGCUUUUUUUUCUCGCCGUAGUUUUCUACCGAGAAAAGUCCAAAAAUUAUGGCGGACGAAGAAGCUCCACCACCACCGAAUGUGGUGGCCAGUGCGAGUUCCACCAUCCGAGCCCCGCAGGCAGUCGUGUGGACGCUCAUCAAGGACUAGUAUAAAAGGAUUUUAUUUGCUUCGUUUGGUUUUUGUUUUUGAUAUGAAAUUGGUGUGGUGUGCUACCUUUUAAUAAUCAUGAUGCGAUGGUUGGUUACAAUAUAACGCCGGCUGCUCCACACUUGUUGAUCUCAGUCAACAUCUCACAUGGUGUUCCUGCUCUCGGAAGCUCUUGUCCGGUUACAUCCUAAUGAGGGCGAUAAAAUCUUCGUCUUGGUCUUCUCCGGCGUUGUCUUUUGCCUAUCGCUUCCGAAUCCGAUCCAUAAACACAACUAGAUGCUUCUUCUAGGACAAUAAACGCAAAGGAAAACCUUGGUAGUUAUCCUCGCGAAAGUAAGAAGAAAAAGACCAACUUCUAGCUCGAUCGCGCUGUCAUCUACUUACGUUAGUACGCAAAGAACAGCGGCUGCGCGAAUUUCUGUGCGGAUGUCAACGCAAAAAAAAGAAGAAGAUUUCUCCCCCCGCCAUUGGAGCAGCCCCGCCCAAAGCGACGGAGGUGUGGUACACCAUCCUAGUACGUCGACUGCACCGAAUAGUACUAGUUCUAGUGCAGAAACCUCCGCGGCACAACUGCCCUCCGGAACCUCUUUCCGCGUGACCGCCGCUUCCGAGCGAAACUACGCCCCUACGGAGGGCGUCCCCCCGAAGCCGCGGUUUUUCCGCUUGUUUCUGUGGAAGGGGAAAAAUGCGACGACUUCUGCGAGGACCGGCGAUGGUACUAGUAGUUCCUGUGGUAGUCCAGAGCAAGAGCGGGAAAAUCUUUACAACAAUUCCGGGGAAAUAGUAGACCAUGCAAAAAAUACUUCAAUACCGUCGAUCUCCGAGGAAGCUGGGCAGAACUCCCUGGAGCGAGAGCUGCUGCACAGAAAUUCCUUUGCCACAGAAGAUCAAGAAGAAGGCAAGAAAAGUGGCAAUCGUACUACUGGAAGAGUUCUUUCGGAUGCAACUACAAGAAGUGCAGCUGCAACACCACCGCCUCGCGCCGGUUCAGUGGUGGUCCACGCUGGUCCUACAAGUCCCUUGCUUUCCUCCUGUAUGGGGGUGUCAGAAUCGAAAUCCUCAAAGUUGAAAUAGUUUGUCAUGCAUAAAAUGCAGCUCCCAGUAUGCCUGUCUUGCAGAGUAGGCAAGUGAGGCAGAUUGAAAGCCUGCUGAGGGGUAGAAACUGAGCUGCUAAAGUAGCAUGACAAAAGGCGUCUUCCCUACCCAAACUGCAUGACAAACUGGAUUUCGGUUCUACCCAAAUUUGUCAUGCGCCACUUGGGAAUUGGGUUACAACUUUCAUCCAUUUUAUGCAUUCCAAGUUGUUUCAACUUUGUCGAUUUCAACCCUGACACAUCCAUAUCCUGCUGCAACCUGGUCAUCCACUGGGCGUUGAUGCUGCUCUAUCCCACGAAAAAAGUGGUACAGUUACACAUUUGUAGUCAACUCAGCAACACAAAUUUCUCUGCAUGAGAGAGAAAACUUGUAAUGCAGAAAUCCUACGGGAAAAAAUGAAACGAGGCUCCUAAGCAUAUCCGACAUGACAGAGCUUGUCUGCCUUGCUUGGCCUGCAACACAAUGCGUAAGUGUAACACUUUUUUCUUGCGAUAUGCUCAUCGCGGGGCUGAGUUCGCUGGUUGUGUAUCGGAAGGUGGUGUAUUGCUUUCUUGUGCUGUUGAACAGGAAUACCAGCAAGGACGGUGACAGCAAGGUGGCACUUGAUGACGCCGACUUGUUUUUCUCCUCCUUCCCGUCAAUUCCGCAUCUCCAGUACGAGGUGGUGAUUCUCAUCGUUCCGGCGAUGGUGGUGUGUGCGUAUUGGAACUGGUUCUCCAAAGAACUGGUGCGGUACCAGUAGGCCGCUCGAUGUUUGUUGUUUUCCAGUACAGUCACUGGGUUGUUGCUUUCCAGGGACAAGGACAGUCACUCGGCCGGCGCGCUGGGGGACGCACACGGGCGGGCUAGUACCUGCAGUGACAAUCAUGCUAAUCUCCCGCAAUCUAUCUAUCACCCUCGCCACAUCUUCUUGUGCCUCUGCACCUUGGACUGCGGAACAACUUUGUCGAAACUGAAGGCAGGAUGAACAGCAAUGAAAAAAUGUGGAAACUGCAGUCCUCUGUCUUCUGCUCAACAAGGACAAUGGGAUAAGGAUUGGCUAUACAUCAACUUCUUAGUUACUAGGAGUCGCGUAUUAAAAAUAUACGCGGCUUCUAGAUGAAAGAACAAGUCGGUCCAAGUCGUCCCCUUCUAUUAGGCAACAGCUACUGCAUCAUGAAAAUCAACAGCGCGUCUAAUCCGAAGUUGUACGACACUGGCUGCUCCCACGACGCGAGUCUGGAGCGCGAUAUCAAGUGCAAAAAUCUCUGGGUCUGGAAGAGUGUAAACUUGUCAUGCAUAUUUUCCAUGACCCAGGAGGUCUGGAAUGCAGGACGUAGCAUGACAGCCUCUCCUGCGAGGUCUCUGCCAUGCCUAAUCUUGCAUAUAGAAAGUCCCUCCAAACUUGGUCGAAAGUGGGCAGCUUUUGGCACUCAUGCAACACAGAUUUUUGCAUGCUUCAGAUUUACCAUGACAAGUCACCACCUUCCAGACCCAGACAUAUUUGCAAGUCAUACGCGACCGGGUGACGCGAAAACCGGUGAAGAAGCAGGUGAAGAUGAGCAAACCCGCCUGCGUUUUCGAGCACACGUUUGAGUACGACGACAGAAUCGAGGAGGACGUACCGCCACCACCAGCGCCACCACUAGAAGAAGGAGCGGACGAAAGGUAGGAUAUAGUGUGUACUGGAUGAAAAUGAAGUUCUUUUUCUAUCAGUAUGAUCCUCGAUAGUCAUCUCUUCUUCCAUCGAAUGAUUCUUCUCUCGGAAUUGCUGUCCCCUUCCUCUUCACCCACUCGUCUGACAAAUGAUAUGGUUUUUAUGUCCGGACGUGCGCAGGCGUGAGAAACAGAUCGUUUCAAGAACAUGAUGCUGCUCUUCCUACGCAUGAAAGAGAUCAUUCACUAGAAUAAAAACGAAUCUAUCAGUGCCGAGCCAGUGGUCCCGGAACCAACAGGCGAGAGGUGGUGCCGUUGUGAAGCGCGAUUUGUGGUAUCAAAAAUGGGGCCGACAGUAGCGGAGCUUGCGGAUUGCAAUGGUUUGGGUUUUUUUUUUUGUUUUUUGGACAACGGGAACUUUUGCGCUGUGUAAUUGCAAGGACAAUCAACGGAAUGGAUAGACGAGGGAUGAAGAUAGAAUGAAUUCUUGGAAAAUAAAUGAAAAUCACAUUUGCAGGUACAAUAACUGUGCGAGUAACGGAGAAAACGGAUGCCCUAGAGUGCGAAUUGACAACGGAAGUGGCGGUCUAUUCGGAAACCUUGGCAGAUAGCCCACCAGACUUCUCGGUCUGGGCCGACGCAUUGGCCAAGAACAUGAAGGUAUGACUUUUUGUUUUGCUAGUUUUGACGUCUACUCAUGUUGCUCUUCUUGGGCAGGCAGAAGGAAGAGGAACACGAGAAACCUAGAUCGAGUUUAAGCUUCCCGAAACCAAAUAAAACUCAGGAUUACAGCGAGAAAAUGUGCUACCUUGCGCCCAAAGUCGCGAAAAUGAAAAGCCCGGCGUUUACGCACACAAUGCUGACCAAAGUGAAGUCCUUCAAAUUUCUGUCCCUGAAACUCUCCCGGUCACCGAGCGCGCUCGACCUGCUGAAGAGGUAAAUUUCAAUUUGGGUCGCCUCGUAUUACAAUUUGUUUUUGAAGCGUAGAGGUGGAUGCAACAACUUGCAUCAUCAACAUCAGUCAUUGUCAAGAACACGUGAAGGUACAACGAACUUCAUCGUGCAGAAAGUGGAAGGAAGUCCUAGCACACCGUUCUCGAAAAAAAAAUAUAUCAGUUCCGAGAUCGGGGGCAGUUUGGGCUUUUACAAGGACCGCCAGACCUCAUCGCCGAUCCCCAUCGGGCUGUCGACCCGCCCGCACUCGGUUGCUGCGUGAGGGCUGCGCGACUGGAUGCUAUUGGGUCGCAACCUCCACAGUCGAUCCAAGUGUUUGAGAGGAACUCUUUGUUAAUUACAACCAACCUCUUCUAGAUGAAAACUUUGACUAUCACUAUCAGACUUGAACCUUCAGAGUUCCAUUUCCAGCAGAUUAGACGCAAAAUUCAGAAACGUGAGUUAGUCCAGUUACCCAGAGAAAAAAGGUACCAGAACAGUUACCAGAGUAGAAUAGUUACAGCAGAAAAGAUUCUCUCGUUACCAUCGCGCAGAGACAACAGGAUGUCAACGCAAAAGGACCUGUCUUGUGUCCUCGGGAUAAAAGAUGAUGCCUGAUUUACAGGUCGUUGUAUCACCGGAAGAUAGAUCUCAACUUGGAUGCAAAAUUGUGCUACAGAACAAGAAAGCUCGACCUGUACCAAAAAAUAAGUUCGGCGAAAAAAG